UCACCGAAGAAGACAGUCAGCGAACCAUUAUUCAGACAGAAACUGUAUAACUAACCCGUGAAUCCAAACUCCUACAGAAUCUGUAAUCAUGGCAGAGGACAAAUGGAAGGAAGGAAUCCAGAAAAACUGGUCAGAUAUUGUAAAAAACUUAGGUAAUCCUGAUGAACUUGUGGAGUAUCUUCACCACAACAUUACACCUCCAUUGCUUAAUGAGGACCAGGCAAGAAAUAUAAAGGAAAAGACUGGGACCAGGAGAGAAAAGACUCGAUUAUUGAUGAAAACACUGAUGUAUGGGGAUGAGCGGGUCCUGCGAGAACUCCACAGUGCUCUACAAGCCACAGGAAACAAGCCUCUGGCUGAUUUACUAGCGCCAUAUGUGAAAGAGCAGAAACAAAAAAGGAGAAAAACUUUACAUCUUCCACCACAUGAGUGGCCUCCUUCCACUAAGGAACUGAAAGAAAUGCAUGACGCUGAGGCUGAACAGUGUGAUAUUGAUGAUUUAAUGAAAAGUCAAUCAACCAACCAAAAAGAGAUUUACCGUAUGACAGCAAAAAGGAGAGGCCUUGCCAUUAUCAUCAACAAUGCUGAUUUUGGAAAACGUGCAUUAAAGAGAGUAGGCAGUGAUCUGGAUCGGGAUAAACUAUCACGUGUCCUUAGCCAGCUACACUUCUCCGUUAAGAUCUACAACAAUAUGACUGGUGCCGACAUGUUGAAGAUUGCUGAAGAGAGUAGUAACUGGGAUUACCAUGGGGCUAGUGAUUGUUUCGUGUUUGCAGUGCUCAGCCAUGGCUCUUCUAGAGGAAUUAAUGGGACUGACGGGAGCGUUAUUUGUGUGGAUGAUAUUGUGAAAAAUUUCAACAAAAUCAACUGUCCAAAAUUGACUGGAAAACCCAAAGUAUUCCUAUUUCAAUCUUGUCGGUCUCCAAAUUCUCCACGUACUGAAGAUAGCCAAUCAGGUGAAUCCCAAGCUGACUCUAUGGAAACAAAUCCAGUGUCAAACGCUGAAGAUCAUGAAGAUGACAAUGAUAUACACAAAGCAUUUCAAAAUUUGCCUCAAAAUAGUGACCAGGUUCAGUGUGACAGUGGCAUGGAGGAAGGACCAACUAAGCAGAUUCAGAAAGUCACACAUCCAUCUUCAGAUUUUUUCUUUGCCUAUGCCACCCCUGAAGGAUUUAAGGCUUAUCGCAGUGAACAGAGAGGCAGUUGGUUCAUCCAAGCAAUUGUCUGGGUUUUGAAGUACAAUGCCAGCAAAGAACAUUUGGAAGAGUUGAUGACCAGGGUUAAUAGAUAUGUAUCAACUGCAGUCAUGGAAGAAGGUAAUCAAGUCUCCGAGGUACGCAGCACACUACAGAAAUGUCUGUACUUCUAUCCAGGAGUCUUCAAUGACCCGCCAGAGAAAAAUGACUUCUUUGAAAAGCCUGUAACUGUAGUGUAAACUGUUUGUCAAGUACUCAGAGUUAGAAGCGUUAUUCUGGAUAUGUUGUCAUUUUUACAGAAAUUCAGUAUUAAGUGCUGAAGUUGAUGACAUUGUAAUUAGUUAAUCUCAGAAUUUGAGAAGUCAUCAAGGAAAAUCACAUGGUCCUUCUUAGUGGAAAACUUGACCAAUUGUAAAUUUUCAGAACAUUUCACAAGUUCCUUCAUUUUCCUUGUUAUAUCAUCUCUAUUGGACAAUUUUUCCUUAUUUAAAUGAUUUAUAGGUCAACUGUGGUAAAACAAUUAUAAAAAAAAGGCAAGAUAAUGAUGUUUAAUAGCAACUGUUUAAAUUUGUGAAUUAUGACCUAAUUGAUAGUAGCAGUAGGGGAGGUAAUAACGUUACUACAUGUAAGUAAUCACGUCACUAAAUAAUAUGUUACUGACCAUUUAGUAAUGGUUUAAAUAAUUUUACAUACAAAUUAAUACCAGUAUCUGUCAUUCAGUAAAAUGGGAAUUUGUAGAAAGUUAAUUAUCCACACUUGCCAAGGUGUGCACUCAGUGGAAAUUUAUGUGUUUCUUUUAUCAAUUCAUUAGGAUAAUAUUGUCUUUCCAAGAAAUAUAGUGGUACUUUUAACCUUUGUUUGCAUUUAUCAUAGUCAAUAGUGAUGUAAGUAUAUUUCUUGCAAGGCAGAAGGGUAUGUUUUUCUUCUGGUAUGUAAAGGAUGAUGAUAGCAGAAGUCCAGAUACUGGUGUUUCUAGAAUAUAUCUGUGAUAAUAUAUUUUCCUGAGCUGUUUUACUGCAAUCUGUUGUAAACUGGUCUGCCUAAGUUGGAGCAAAUUUGGUUCCCAUGGCUGUCCCAAGGGUUUGUAUAUAGCAUUUUCCACUGAACAAAAAUGAAUUUUUUGGAAGAUUCAGUGAUUCAAUAACGAAUGAAGAGUUAAAUCUUGAAUCCAAUUCAAGGGGAUGCUUGGAAGUCCAGAAAUGUUUAGCCGAGAUCGUGUGGAAUGUUUGUAUAUAAACUAAUCACAUCGAAGCUCACAGGUAUUUCUUCUCGUCUAUCUCAGUCAGAAGUUGUGCGAUGAAAUCUGUAUCAUCCCUCAGAUAGUUCAGAAUACAAUGAUGUAGAAGUGUCAGUAUAAUAUCCAGAAGGUUGCUGAGAAGAUGGGUGGGGCAUGCUAGUCCUCCAACAAUAUAGUUCUUAGCUUCAAAUUUUUGUGAAAAUGACAUAAAUUUCAUCUAUUAUAUCAUAUCAUAUUGUAUUCACACACAAAAAAAGAUUUCUGUAGUUUUGUUUGAUUACAAGAUACUUUAGAAAAUGAACAUUCCACUAUAUAUUAAGGAAUGGUUGUAGAGGCAGGAUAUCUACCAGCAUCCACUAUUUAUCCUGUGUAAUCUAAUUGUAUUAUUUCAUAAUUGUUGAGAAGUUUAGUUAAAUGAUAGUAGAUUCAUUCUACAAUAACUCAAGUUUACUAAAAACAUGAAAUAUGGAUUGUAUUUUUACAAACCCUUCUUACUCAGCUAAAAAUAAAAACGCCUACUUCUAUUUUUAAAAAUAUUAUUAAAGUUUUGUAUUUUUUUUUUUUAAAUUUGAUAGGACAUUGGUCUUCUAUUUUUUCUUUGUUAAAAUCCCUGUUUCAACUAAAAUUGAAAAUGAUUUCUUCUGACCAUGGAAAUAUUAUGAGGCUCACUGAUCAAAUCCUACAAAAUAUGUGAACAAGUAAAACAAUGUGCCUUAACCAUUCAAUACUAUCAGAAGAAUUCACACUUGUGAAAUAAAUACCUGAUUUUUUUUUUCAUCUAUCCAUAUAAAGUUAAAAUCCAGAGUUUAAUUUUAAGUAAACUUAUCACAUUCUGUGCCAAAGUAUUCGGACAUGAUCAAUAGUGUAUAUUUUAUAUAUAUGUCAUUAUUACAUGUAUCAUUUUGGAACAAUUUUUUUUGUAACAGCAUUUAACAUAUAAAUGUAUGAGUGUAUGAGAGGAAGUAAUGCUAUUUUGUAUAGUGAUGACAUAUUUCUUGAUAUUUUAAUGAUGAGAAUAUUUUUAUUUUUUAUUUCAUUGUUAAGAUUUUAAAUGUUUUUCAAUUAACUCAUUAUCAUAUACUUUGAGGGCAGAUUUAAGCCUGUUUGCUUAUAACUUGAAAUGUGGCAGGGUGGCAUAGUAGUAACACAUUCACCUUUCACCUAGACAUUCAGGGUUCGAUUCCUAGACUGGACAUGAAACGAUAUAGGGUCACCUGCCCAACCACUUAGGUAUUCCUCUAGCACUUGGUUUCCUUCCACAGUAAGACUUCUUGCAUGCUUCCAUCCAAGUCAUCAAGAACGAAUUACAUUAGCUGUUAGCUUGUUUCACAAUUGUUGUAAAAUAAAUAAAGUUUAUAUUUUAUUGCAUGAAAUUGUAGUGUGUAUAACAACAUAAAGAAUAAAAAAACAUUUUUCAUAACUAAUAGCUUUAUUUACACAGAACAUAUGUGUGAUUUGCACUUGUUUUUUUUCAAGGGGAAGGGCAUGAUAAUUCAGUUGGUUAGAGGGUUGGCCUAGGUAACCUUAGGUAAAGGUCUGAGGUGCAUGGUUCAACACCCCUAUUGGUGGUGGUCAUUUUCCUCAGUAAGUUGAGAAACAGACUGGUGUGUGCUGGUGUGGUUGUGUCCUUGGGCAAGACACUUAACUGUAAUUGAUGACAUGUUUUGGGCCUCCUGUAUGUUGUUCAGUGAGGUAGCCACCAGCUUCCACAAUGAUAUUCCACCUAUAAUGACCAUGACUAUUCAUAUGGUAACAGACUCAACAUACAGAGCAUGUAAUGGAAGUAUAUUUCAGUGUGUGAUGUUGUGUUGAUUUGUAAUCUAACCAUCAGAUUAAUUCUAUGUUCUAUGUAUAGACAUAUACAUGUAAAUCCUCUUGAAAAAUAAAGAAAUAAAAAAAGAAAGUUUUCUUCUACAAAAG